AUGGCUCGAAAGAGAAAAGCUGAAGGACUAGCGAAAACUCAUGAAUCUGCAGCCGCACUAAGCGGAGCUCAACAACCCCGAAAGAGGUUUGUGGGAGUUAGACAAAGACCAUCAGGCAGAUGGGUUGCUGAAAUAAAAGACACUAUACAGAAAAUAAGAGUUUGGCUUGGAACUUUUGACACUGCUGAAGAAGCAGCAAGGGCUUACGAUGAAGCUGCUUGUAUACUUCGUGGAGCCAAUACUCGCACGAAUUUCUGGCCUUGUUCUUCUCCUGCCACUUCAGCUCUACCUCCAAAAAUCACUAACCUUCUUCUUAGCAGGCUCAAAGAACGAAAUAAUUCCAUGGCUGCUGCUGCUAAUAAUGAUGAUGAUUCAUCCAAUUCAACCUUUCUGGCUGAAAUUGUUCAUCAUCAGCAGAAGCAGCAAGAAGAAAUUGGAGAUGGAGUAGCUGAUUUUUCAGAUUCGACGUUUACUGAUUAUCUCAAUUACUAUGAAGAUCACAUAACUGAUAACUAUGCGAUCGCUAAUGUAAGUGCAGCUACAAGAGAUUGUAGUAGCAUCACUCAAAAUGGCUAUGAUCAGGACUUUAUUAUUCAGCCUGUGAAUAACUACGAGAGCUCGAACGCGGAGAUUAUUGAGAUAGGAGAGUUAAUGAAUACUACUGAUGUACAAGAUAUAGAGUCCACUAUUGACUUCCAAUUUCUUGAUGAAAUUGGACAGUGUUACUAUUCGCCAUUUGAUUUAGCUGAAGAGCUAUCAACAGAGACAAUGGAGCUCUUUGGGGAAGAAACAUCAAUGAUAAAUGAGGCAAUGAGGAGGAUGAAUUACGAGAGGAAGUUUUCAGCUUCCCUUUACGCCUUUAAUGGGAUCACAGAAUGUUUAAAGUUGAAGAUGAAAUACGGGGGAGUAACGCGGUCUGAGCAAUUAUCCAGGCUUCGAAAUGCAUGCAAAAGGAACCUUGAGAACGAGGAGAAAAAUGAAGAAUGCAAUGCUGGAAUGACUGAGAAGAAGGAUGAAGAGAAUUCGUCUAUGGAGAGUUCUUAUGACAAUGAAUUGUCCCUCUGGAGCUCUAUUGACCUCCCACCAAUAUGCUUUGUUAGUUGA